AUGGUCUAUACCGGUGUUCCAUCCCGCGGCUGCUAUCUAUGCAGGUCCCGCAAGAUCAAGUGCGAUGAGACGAAACCUUGUUGCAAUCGUUGUCGCAAGAUCAAACGACAGUGCCCUGGCUAUCCCGUCCUGGCAAAGAGUCACUUCCGGCCGUAUACUGAGAUUCGCAAGCCCGUCAGAAAGGAAACGUCGCACUCCAGCUCUUCAUCAUCAAAUGAUGAAGAGGAAUACCUGUUCAAUCACUGGGGCGCUUAUGCUGCGUAUACAGCAGACGCAGCUUCAUCACCACUGGACUCGACGAUCAAGAUUACUCUACAAGACGCCGCAUCUUGUCACUUUCUCUCCAACUGGGUCCUCCUUUCACCACCAGGCACCAACAGGGGCAUCUUCGAGUUCCUGCUCCCUAUUUCCAGACAGGCGGCACAGGGUAGUCCGUUCCACUUGGCCUUCAAGGCUUGCUCGCUCUCCUCCUUUGCUCGACGAGGGCUUGAUCCAGCAGUCGAGCGGCAGGCCAUUUCAUUCUACGUCAAAGCGUUGGCUGCAACAUCGGACGCCCUGUCCCGUCCCAGUGUCGCCACAUGCGAUGCUACUCUGGCCACGGUAAUGCUCCUUGCAAUAUAUGAAAUACAAUCGGCGAGCACACACGGCAUUCAAGGAUGGAGCUUUCAUGUUUCAGGGUCGAUGCAACUGAUGAACAGUAGAAGCUGGAAGAGACUCGACACUGAUCUCGGUAUGGGCAUCUUUGUUGCGGUGCGAGUCAAAUUAAUUCUGCUUGGUUUGUUGCAAGGGAAACCUCCGCCGACAAGCUCUGAAUGGUGGGGUAAAGGAACGUUCAAAGACAGGUACGCCUUGGUAGGGCUUCAUUUGACGACAAAGACGACAGAGAUGCGAAAUGAGCUAGAAAACCUCUUGGACCUCGAUUGUGCCACACUCGACGACUUUGACCAAUUAUCAGUCAUCAUGGCCAAGUGCCAAGCGCUCGAGGAGCACUUCCGGAAGUGGCCCGACACGCUGCCAGAGUACUUCAAGUUUGGCAUUGCCGCGUGGAUUCACGCUUCUUCGGCCAACCCAGCUAAGAUGGAGGCUCUUCCGGGCCCAGUUCAUAGCUACCGAGGUCCGUGGGUGGGAGGCAUCUGGAGCAUGGUGCGAACGUCUCGGCUCAUUUUGGUCAACUCGAUGUUCCGGUGCUCUGCCCUCAUACACCAACGCACGGAUUUACAGUCGCUCCCAGAAUACGCAACUCUUGCGCAGCGCUGCGCCGACGUCAUUGGCGAGGCCAUGGCGGGGGUGCCGUAUCAUCUUGGGUGGUUCAGGAAUCGCACGGCGCUGCUGCCGACGAUGCCGAGUUUUGCGUGCGGGCAGGAUGGAACGGAGAGCAGCCUCGCAGCGUUUCUUGCACUGCUCCCGUUGACGACGAUGCAGGACCACGACUUUGCAACGGAGGACCAGCGCUUGUUUGCCAAGGGUAGGCUGCAAUUCAUGGCGCAUCAGUUUGGUCUGCGAAGCGCAGCGUUUGCGGAAAAGUCUACGGGUUUGACACCCUCCACGAAGAUACUGCAGGAUUACGACUCACGCAGUGCCCAACGGUGGCGCCGCUUGAGGCUACCUGUGACAGAAGUCGAUGUGGCCGAAACUUUGCAGAAUGAGUAUGCUCUUGGCCCAACGACUGAACCCGAAGAAGACGGCAGGGAUACAUUCGGGAGUGUCACACAAAGUACAGAGUUGACCAUUCAUUCACGCUCGCAAUGGGGUGACAGGGCGCAACCACCAGAGAAAGGCCCUUGCUAG